UUAGUUUAUCAUAUGGGGUCCUGGAAGGAGCUCCUGCCUCUUAUGGACCUCCAACUGAGAAAUAACAUGAUCGAAAUGAUUGAGGUGGAUGUAUUUGAGAAUUGCACCCAUCUAGCUAAACUCUAUCUGUCAAUAAACAACCUAAAAAGUGUAGGCAAUGGGAGUUUUAAGGGUGCCAUAUGGCUAGAUCACCUCGAUCUUAGUCGAAAUGGACUAGAUGCCAUACCUACCAAGUGUCCUUCAAGAUACUCCAAACCUCUAUAGCCUCUAUCUUCAAAAAAAUUCCAUAACUUCAAUUCCCGAGGACAUUUUCUCUAAGAUUCCUAAAGUGAAGCAUUUGGAUUUGAGUUAUAAUGCUCUUGUUUCCAUGUCUGACGGUUCUCUCAGAGGUCUUUCCCAGUUGGGCGCAUUGGAUUUGAGUUACAAUCAGUUGGAGACACUUACACCACACGUGUUUCAAGACGUGGGGAAGCUUGAGAGCCUUAAUUUGUAUCACAACAAUCUGAUGUCUCUUCCGAACAUCGUGUUUAACAACUUAAGCAACUUAACUGAACUCCAGCUGGACAGCAAUAAUAUUUUUGCUAUUCCACUGGACCUCUUUCACCCACUUUCAGCAUUGCACGAUCUACAAUUGGACAACAAUCACAUUUCAGAGCUCCACUCACGCACAUUUUUGAAGCUAAGGAAGCUUAAGCAUCUCGAUCUUAGCAACAACAACCUCAUGAAGAUUCCUAAACACCUCUUCAGAAGGACACAUCACCUGAGAGAUCUCAAUCUGGAGAAAAAUCAUAUCCAAUCCAUUCCAAAGGUGUCCUUUAGAGGAUUAAGCCAGACUACGGACUCUGAAACUCAGCAACAACCACCUGGAAAGACUAUCUACAGAGCUACUGACUAGCCUUAUUCAUUUACGGGAGUUAUGGCUGAACAACAACUGGAUAGAAACCAUCCCUAUUGGAUUUUUCACAGGUCUUACAGACCUGAGGGUUCUAGAUUUGUCCAACAAUAAAUUGCAUUCCAUCUCCUCCAAUAUC